AAUGAAUUCCAAUAAUUAGAUUGAAUUCUACUUGAAUUCAUAGCAAGUUGAUUAUAUCUAAAUGAAAUUACCCUAAGGAUUCUCUUUACACUUAGCUAGUCUAAUUCAUUAGAGAGAAUAAAGAAUUGUAUUAUUUGGUCUCAAUUAUUACAAGUCUAAAAAAGUAUCCAGGUUUGAUGCUACAUUCAAGACACACAAAUUGGAAUAGACAAGCCAAGAAGACUUAGCACCAAGAAGGGCCUAAAGAAUAUAACCUUAAUAAUAAAAGGAUAAAAAAGAGCCAGAUAAUAAAGCAUAAAAAAUUCUGUAGAAAUAAAAGCAUCAUUAAUAAUAUUAAUAAUAAUCUUAAUAAUAGAAGUAAUAAUAAUAAUAAUAAUAACAAUAAUAAUAACAAUAACAAUAAUAAUCAAGUCCAAAAAUUGUGUAAUAAAUUAUAUUAAAUUUAAGAUCCAAAUUGUAAAAGUAAAUGACUUAAUAAGAAAAACUAAAUCUAGGGGAAAACAUAAAGCAAUUGAAAAUUGAAUAUUUGAGAGGAGUUUGGGAGAUUGUACAAGAGAGUGUUUAAGCAAAUGGAGAGGAUGAAGUAGAAUUUGACAUUGAUGCCCUUCCUACUAAAAUAGCUAGAAAAUUAGAAGCUUAUGUAACAAGUCGAUUGUAUAUAUUACUUUAUUUAAUAAUUAAGAUAAGCAAAGAAAAAUAAAAAUGAUGAAGAGGAAAAAUCAUUAGAUAAUAAUUCUUCAGAUUAAUGA